CUAAGGCGUUAGGGGCGCAAAAGUUCGAUGUAUUUCCUACCAAGGAAAACGGAUAAUAUUAUUCAGCGUGGCACUCUCGCCACCUUGUAAGGUUAUGAUAGUGGACAAAUCUAGACCUGACUGUGGCACCAACGGUAGUUGUGUACAUUUUCCUACCGUGUGAAACUACUGGCUCGAUUUAAUAUAAAAUCCGUCUUUUUCGCCGCCUAGGGAAAGAGUUGUAUAGGCGCAGCUAUAUAAUUUGAUAUAUUCUAAUAGUUCAAAAUGCAUAUGUUGACACCAGUUUUCUUGUUCAUUGGUACUGCUCUGAGCAAUAGUCAAGGCGACUGUGUACCAGACUGGCGCGCCAGAGAGAUUGUGACAAAUUUUCAACAGUUCUUCACUGACGGCAAUGUGAAUCGGAUCAAAGACACACUGACGUCGGACUUCAAGCUAUACUCUGACAGUCAGGAGUUUACUACUCCAGGGAUUACUCCAAUGUCUGGGGCUGUUGUUGUCAACGGACGAGCAGCAUUCAUUGCAGCGAACCCUCCCCACCCCGGGGCACCAAACGGAUUCGUGACGCUAGAUAUGUUCUAUAGUUGUACUAAAAUAGCUUUCCGAUGGAAUGCUCCUGGUGGAUUUGGUGGAAAAAUUCCAAUCCGAGGCAUCGACACGCUGGAUUUGGCCAAAGAAGGCGGUUGUUGGAAAAUUAAAGCUGACUACUCCGAGUACAAUAACGUCGGAUUUCUCCAAGGAAUAGGAGUUUGCCAGAUUUGUUAGUAUCUAAUUAUAAGUAGAUUGUAUAAUCUAUAGUAUUUAUGCUCGUUUCUAGCUUCUAUUAUGGGACUUUUCCAAAUAACUUGUUGUAUAUAUGGUUUAGAAGCGCUAGCAUGCUCGUUGGAGAGUUUAUAGCUGAUCUACAAAAGUAACCAAUAACAAGCUAGUGCGUUUGUACGCCCUCGACACGACCUUAGCUGCCGACGGUAGCGCUAGCGCUGUCAUCUACCACCAAGGUUUGCACCAUGUCGGGGUUUUCAUACACCAUUAUGCUUAUGACUACGGCUUCAAUGGCGCCAGUAGCCCUCUGUAGCGUGGAGACAUUGCAUCCUCUAUGAGCUUCACGAGCUAGAUGUCUAGCUUAACCUUAAUGUAAUAGUAUUCAAUUUUCAAAUAUACUGCUUGAUGGUUAAAAGGGGUGAUUCGUGAGCCGACAAAUGGGUUGGUAAAUCAGCGCAGCAACGUACCAGGGCAGGUUACGCCUGAGGAGAAUGGUUCAUGUGAUAGAUCAAGCGAUCUGUUAUGUAUUGUCGGGUCUGCGUAUAUAAACUACGGUCGAGAGGUGAAGGAAAUGAGACGGUGCUGAUAUUGUAUCUCCCGGUAACAUUAAUAGAAAGAAUCGCUAGAAUUGCACGAUACGAAAACCUGUAAGAAAACCUUCUCGCCGCUUUCGGCCGUAGCCAGAGCGACGCGAACGAAUCGACCCAGCCUCUCGCGUGGGCCUUCAGCAGGCUGUCACUGUUAGAAUACCAUGACUCGCUGGCCUGCUUUUGGCACAGUCUAUGUGCAGCGCUGUACGGCUUUGAGAAGAUCGGGCGUUGGGAGUGGCGACCGACGGCGAAGCCCAGGUUACCGUGUGCGUCGGCGCGUGGGAUCGGGAGACGGAGUUGCGUAUCUCGAAGCCCAUAGACGAGUUAUUCUCAAAGCUUGACUCAGAUAUUCCCAAGCCCU